CUCCGCCGCGCCUCCCCACCCCUCCCCUCCCACGCCGACGAGAUGGCCCGCGCGUCCUCCCCCGCCGCGGCGGCCUUCCUAUGCGCGCUCGCGUUCCUCCUGGCCACCGCGGCCUCGGGCGCGCGGCUCACCGUCCGCGCCGGGGGCGAGGGCCUCACGGUCCGCGCGGGCGGGGGCGCGCCGGCCACGGCGGUGUUCGCGCUGGGCAGCUUCUGGCGGUCCGAGGCGGCGUUCGGGUGCCUCCACGGCGUGCUCCGCACCUCCGUCGGCUACGCCGGCGGCUCCAAGGCCAACCCCGAGUACCGCAACCUCGCCGACCACGCCGAGUGCGUCAAGGUCGAAUAUGAUCCCCGUCAGAUUCAGUACAAGCAGCUUUUGGACGUGUUCUGGGCAAGCCACGAUCCACGGGAGGUCUUCGGACAAGGACCGGAUGUUGGCAACCAAUACAGAUCCGUCAUUUUCACAAAUGGGACCCUCGAGGCCAGAUUGGCUGCUCUUACCAAAGAAAGGGAACAGGCCAAGGACCGCAGCAGCGUUAUUACCACAAAGAUCCAACCACUGGGGGCAUUUUAUCCGGCUGAACCAGAACAUCAGAAAUUCGAGCUGAAGCGCAAGCCUUUCCUGGUGCAACUGAUCGGGAACCUGCCAGAGGAGGAGCUCCUGUCAUCGACACUGGCCGCGAAGCUGAAUGCGUAUGCAGCCGAGCUCUGCCCUCCAAAGACCCAGAGGAAGAUAAGCUCCAAGAUUGACGAGAUUGCCAAGAAAGGCUGGCCCAUCCUACGCGACAUUUAGCUAGCCCAUUCUGGUCCCGGUUCUCAUCAAACUGUAAAAUCCAUCAAAUUGUAAUCCAACAUAGAAACAAGAGAGUUCUGCAUGAUUUUGCCGGAAAGUUUCGUAGGAAUGUCUCAGCAGUCUGCUGACAGGAGCCAGACUGCAGCGCUUCAUUGUUCACUUGGUCACGGUGAUUCAUUACAUCGUUUAUAGAUAACAUCAAUCAUCUGUCGAUUUGGAGUUUUUCUCCGUCCGUUUGGUAUACUCAUGUGUAUCUUGUUCUGGGCUUGCUGGACAUGUGGUGAAGUUGUAAGAUGUAACUUUUGGUCGAUUCAAUUGUGAAAAUGUAUAGAAGCGUUCUUAUUCACAAACCAUUUUAUUCA